AUGAAGUUGCAUAUGAGGAAGAGAUUCGCACUAGGGUAUUCUCACAAGCCGGUUAAGGAUCCUUGCUACCAAAGCCACAACAUCCCUCGAAAACCAAUGUACCAAACAACAUCAAAGAAAAUGAUGUUAACGCCAACACCCUUUCGUGAGCACAAGUAUGCUUACCAUUCUGAGCCUAAGAGGGUGUUCUCAAACACUUCGAAAAAGCAUACGAAGGUUGGGCAAACAGUUCACAUAAAGACGGUUCAACAAAAUUCAAUCGCAUCAACGUUGUUUCAGCCCCAAGUAGAACAAGCAACGUCUAGGUUGAGGAUAGAUGGUUCUUGGCCAUCAAAGGGAGUGGAAAGAGAGCAUAAGAAGAGCUACAUGAAUUUCAAGAAGGCAAAGGAAUGUCCCAAGCUGCAACUUAUUGAUCAAGAUGAGACGAUCCAUACAUGGUGUACUUGCAGUACGGAUUCCGUACUGUGUUGUACGUAUGGAGCUUUGCACAAACCUUAUCUUUACCAAAAGUGGGUAGACACAAAGGACAACCUUAUCAUCAAUAAAGCACAAGAGGACGAAAGGACAAAGGAGGAUAUGCUUGCAUCACAACGGCUAGAUGCUCUUUAG